GCUUUGUAUUUUCUACUGAGGUGAUUUUGUUGUGGAUUAUCUGUCUCCGUUAGCAGUAGUUAGCACUGCUGCUAAAUAUGCCGAUUGGCAGUCUGCUCAUUUUUGUUUUCUGAGGUCUAUAAUCACUGUCCGUUGUAUUUAUUAAUAAAGUGUAAGCGGAAAUGUUAAGCGUGGACUCGUUGCAAGUGGCUGAGGAGGAGGUGGUUGAAUCCAGCUCCAAUAAACUCGGUGACAUUUACACUUUUGUGGCUAAAGGCUGCUUCCCUCAGACAAUGAACCCUUUACGAAAGAAGAACCUUAAAAGAUACGCUCAGAAAUUUAUUAUUGAUGAGGGCAAGCUGUAUUAUGUGGGACCCAAAAAAGAGGAGAAGAGGGAGGUGGUGAUCGAGGCCGAGAGAAAGAGGCAGAUUUUUCUCGACUGCCACUUUAAUGACAUCGGUCAUCACCUCGGCCAAAAGAAGACCGUCCACAGGAUCCAGAGCAAGUACUACUGGCUGGGGAUCAUCAAGGACGUAGUGGACUGGAUUAAAGUUUGUGAAACAUGUCAGCACACGGAGAGGAAUAAAAACCUGGCGAGGACUGUCCGGCCUAUAAAGGUGGAUGCGCCGUGGGACAUUGUUGGGAUUGACGUUCUAGGACCUUUCCCGGAGACACAGCAAGGCAAUACCAACAUUCUAGUCCUCAUUGAUUACUUCAGCAAAUGGCCAGAAGCUUUUCCACUGCAAAAGACGGAUGCCCUCUCUGUGGCGGGAUGUAUUUCCAAAUGCAUAUACAGGUUUGGUGCCCCUAAAACGAUAGUGUGUACGCAGAACGCUGACUUCUGUAAUGAGGUGACGAAGCUGCUGUGCGACAGGUGGAGCAUCAUGCAGAAGGUGUCUCCUCUGGAUCAGCCUCAGCUCAACCCGCUGCACGACUGCACCUGUCCUCUGUUGAAGGAAGCCGUCGUUCAGAUGGUGACAGAGAAGCAGGCGGAAUGGGACAACUUCCUGGACCCUGUGCUGUUCCUGUUCAGGACGUCUACAAACCCCACAACCAAGUUCAGCCCGCACUUCCUCAUGUUCAACAGGAAAGCUAAUUUACCCAACGAGACUACGCUGAGCCUGCUGAAUAUGGACGACCAGGAGCAGGACAUGUAUUCCACGAAGGAGAAGGCCUCGACGUAUAUGAGCAUCAUGCAGGAGCAGCAGAACUCUGUGAAGCAGCUGGUGAUAGCCAAUAUGAACGCAGCCUACAAACAAGAGAAGAAGAAGAACGCCAAACGCAGGACACACAACAUGACCUCGAUGACCUUCAAAAUCGCAGAUCCUCUGUUCGCCGCAGGAGACUCGCCCUCCCCCAAAAAACUGAAAGACAGUUUAUAUUUAUCUUUCCCCGUUGAGACGGUGCUGGCCACCGAUCAGAGCGGCUCAGAGGACAUGAAGACAGAGUUAGAAUAUCACCUGGCGGAGUCUGAUGUCCACUGAGGAGGACCGUUUUGGGAAUAAAAAAGUGGGCAGAUCAGAGGAGUUGGACUACAUGUUGCCAUGCGCUGCCUGGAGUCUCAUACAGGAGAUAUAAUCCAGAUGUUGGUGAAUUGAUUGUGAUGAUUAGUGCUGCGAACGCUCACGUCAGUUAAACACAGUCCUGGUGGCACUUAGACACAGAAUGAACUGGCCAAAGAAACGGCAGUAAACAUUACAUGCACAGUACGUUUACAUGCGCAGUUUAGUCGAGCUACGGUCAAAGCCCGAUUAAGUCGAACUACAAGCACCGGGGGAGAAUCAAUUUAUGGACUUUUUUUCCCCACUGUGACAUACGAUAACUUUAUAAGCUGUAAUUCCUAAAAAUAAAGAUGUUGUUUCAA